AUGCUAAAAAUUGAACUGUCUAAAUGUAAUUUUAUUAGUGUCUUAACGGACGCGUCAAAUCACCAUUCUCAAAAAAUGGUACCUGUAAUGAAUCGUUAUUUUAUUCCAAAUGAAGGAGUUAAAACUAAAAUACUUGAGUUUGACGAGUUGUCAGGGGAAACAUCUUUAUUACUAACUGAUUAUAUUUCAAAAGUUUUAUCCCACUGGGACGUCUUAAAAAAAGUAAUAGCUUUUUCAGCCGAUAACACUAAUACAAAUUUUGGAGGUGUUAAUAGAAGAAGAAAAAACAAUGUUUUUUACAAGUUAAAAGAAUCAAUUAACACAAAUUUGAUUGGUAUUGGUUGCGCUGCACAUAUUUUAAAUAACUCAUUACAAUAA